AUGCACAACCGAAGUCAUCAAAAGCAGAAGCAGGAGCCGCAUCUGGCGGAGCGAUCUUCGCCAUUUGACAGCCCUACACUGUUAACUAUCACGGCUCAGACGCCAGUCACUUUGCCAAAGGCGGCGACUGGUGAGGCCCCGGCGCCGAGCCCCAGUUCUCCAUCAUCCUCUGGUUUCCAGGUCAGGCAGCAGCCUGAUUCACAAGACGUCGCCCUAUCGCUGUCGCCAGAUGACGUAUCGGGUAGGACAAAACGGGAGAACAAUGACGGGGGGGGUGAAGAGGUCACCACCGCAGCUGCGAAACCCGCUGCUCUGACGCUCUCCCAGGUCCAAUUGAACCAAUACCGAGAACGCUUGGCCCAGGAGCUCGAGCGGCGCGACAUGGCCACUAGGGGGGCCAUAGCUGGCCAGGCCAGCAAGACGCGUGUAUCGCCUGUUCAGGAGGAAACCACCACCGACUCAUCGCCCACCACCAAUUCCUCGGCCACGACAACGUCGUCAAAAUCGGGCAACACUAUCCGCGGCGCCCAGACCCCUGGGCUUAUGGCCACUCCUUCAUACCCUUUCCCCCGAAUGACCACUCCCGGCCGUGCCCAAGGCUCCACGGCUUAUCCUUUCUCCAUUGCGUCGCAACCGGGUCCGAGAUUCGUGCCGCAAGGUAUGUCGUUCGACGCUUUCGCAGUUCAUGAUAAGGUGGUCUCCAGCUCGUCGACCUCGGCCUCUGCACAAACCUUUGGCCCGUCGGGAUUUGCCCCUCAAUUUGACCAUGGGGACUUCCCCACCCCCAACAUCUACAACUUGUCACUUAUGCUCGCUGCCGAGCCCGGUCUCGACGCAUGGUGGGCUACCGUCGUCCAAAUUAUGCGCGAUGUCUUUAAAGCCGAAAGAGUGACUCUCGCCGUACCGGCGGACACCACUGACGUUGAUAACGUGCCUUGGGGACAGAAGGCCACAUACAACUCGCAUGAGAAAGAUGGCCUCAGCCUCGCAUACAUGGCUCCGGGGAGCAGCGUUUUCCCCAGCAGUACCGACGACAUUCCCACCGAAGACGCGUUUACCCACCACGACGACUGGCGAUAUAAGACGCAGUCACGUCCGGGCUUGCAGGCCCGGCACUCGUUCACGUCUUAUGAAGACACUAGAGAGAAGCAGACCCGGCAUGGCGAGAAAAUAUCGACAAAUCGAAGGCCGACGCCUCUUUCUCGAAGCAAGAGUUAUUUUCCGUCACUACAGACACGAUUCGAUUUUGGCUCGGAGAUUGGCGAUCCAACACUGGACCCGGCAUCGCUUGCUGAACACGAUGACGUCCAAGAUGAGCAAGUCCCGAGCUGGGAGGCACCGUUGGCGUCCAAUACCGAAGGGGCAGGCAGGGUUCUUCCAGUUCUACAGGCCCUCGACUACGAAGCCGACCCCCUCAUCGACCAUAGUGGGAUUAGAAGAGUAUUAGAGCGUGGGAAAGUCGUCGCUUUGACUCGAAGCUAUCCUUAUCUUCAGAACCAAUCAUCAUCGGAAGCGAAGAACAAGCCCCAACAAGAGUCGAAAGCUGCGGGGGAUGGUCUCGAGAAUCGCCCACGAAGGGCCCGUGCCGACUCGUCCGCGAAGCUCUCAGCUUUGCUCGGGGGUGCAAAUGCCCCUCGCGGCGCACGCGGAACGAAAGAUCCAGGAACAGACAAAGGGGCACCUUCUAGCUUGAUAUCGCGACUGGAAGAGGAACCUGAGCCCUUGAUAUCACAUUACGAAGAAUCCGAGCAAGCGCCCCCAUCCCCCUGGUCACAGUCUCCAGCUCCCUCGCCAGCUGUGCGGGCGGAUCCAAAGGAGAACCCUUUCUUUUCCGAUGCUGUGGUCGAUGAAGAAUCCUUCAAUCCAAGCACGGCGCCCCCCGAUUACUCGUCUCUCAGCCCACCCGAGGCUAUUGGAGUGGACAACUCUUGGACGGUCUUGCACAUUCCGCUCCUCCACCCCCUGCUGUCCAAACCAAUGCAGCCGUUCAAGCCUGAGACUGAAGCUGAGGUCCUGGAGAGCAAAGCUCACUUCCGGACGCAAAACGAAACCCCAACUCUAUGGGGCGCCGCCGGGCAUGAACAAGGCCGGCCAUCGCCUCAGUAUUUACCGCGAAGAGACAAGCCUACCCCUAUCGCCGUUAUCUCUAUCCUGAGCCCUAUGAUACCGUAUCCCUCCACUCUCCGACACACGCUGGAGCAUCUUGGCUCACACCUGGCUACGUCUUUCUCGCUCUGCCGCCAUUACACGAAUCUAGAGACCGAAUUGGCGGGGCUUCAACGGAGGCGACCCCAUACCGCAGGCUUCGGUGCUAUCGCAGCUGAUGGACGGCCACUAGUCGAUCAUGGUUUCGUGACUGGGUUCAAUUUUGCCCCCACUGGCGGAGUUGUGUCUCAGCAGUCCAUUCCCAGCAGCAUUACCAGUCCGAGUGACUAUUCAGCGGUCUCCAAGAGCGCCGCGGGUUCGCCGGGGGGGACUCCCGGUUUUGACCAAGCUUCCGUCAGCAUGAUAAUGGAGGGGUUGGCAGGAUCGAGUCCAGCACUACUAUCGGGGCCGACGGACAACUACUUCAGUACCAAACAAAAACCGAACCUGUCCAGAGCGGAUACGUCGUCAGGGACCGGCUCCGGCUCCCAGAGGACGCGGAACACACAGGAAUCGUCUCCCGUACACAAGCGCAAAGCACGUUUAUCCGGGACCAAGCUCCAGGGACAGAAUAUAUUCCCCACAUUCGACAGUGAGGGCCCUGCCGAGAGUUUCUUGGAUGACACAGCUACAGCACCGUCUAGAGUCUCGUCCAGGGAAACGAAGGAAGUGGCAGAUGAAGGGACGGUCCAGGAAGGCCGGGAGGGGACGGUGGUCUCAGAUCCACGCCAAAAUCGCCACACUCUCUUGCAUUCUUAUGGAGCUGACUUUGCCUCGACUUUCCAAUCACUACCACCGAGCUCGAGUGUCGUCAGCAGGCCCACCUCAUCCACCGCCCCAUCUCGAUCUGGCUCCUUGUCCAUUGGCCCCGCUGCGGAUCUGCCGCCUCCGUCCGACCGAUUGAAAGGUCUGAUUCUUGAUUCGCUGCCCGCACACGUGUUCGUUGCCCUCCCGCAGACCGGUGAGGUUGUUUGGGUAAACAGCCGUUACCUCACAUACAGGGGCCAGACUGUCGCCGACCUUGCUGCGGAUCCAUGGGGCAGCAUUCACCGAGAAGACAGGGAUGAAUAUCUCAAGGCAUGGGGACAUUCGCUGCGGACAGGAGAGCAGUUCUCUCGGACGGUUCGCAUCAGACGGUUCGACGGCGUGUACCGGUGGUUCUACGCUCGAGCUGUUGCGUCCCGAGACAAGCGAGGCGUGCUCAUGCAGUUUCUUGGGUCAUAUAUGGAUAUUCACGACCAGCACAUUGCGGAGCUCAAGGCCGCGCGGCAAGAGGAAAUCGAGGCUUCAGAGGCGAAGCAUCGUUUGUUAGCGAACCUCAUCCCCCAGAUCAUCUUCACCGCCACGGAGGACGAUGGCAUCACCUUCGGCAAUGAUCAAUGGCUGUCCUACUCGGGACAGAGUUUCGAGGAUUCGCUUGGAUUGGGGUUCAUGGACUACGUACACCCCGAGGACCUGGCAAAGUGCAAAAUCCCGACGGACAGAUCGCCUACGCCACUCCACCAAAAGACGGCGCUUGAAAAGAAGUCGGGAGGUGGGGACACACUGCCGCCUAGUUCAAUGACGAGCACGCCUCGCCCACGAAGCGACUCUUCCCCCGAGUCCAACAUCCGAGGCGUCCAUCAGGCUUUGUCCCGAAGCAACAGCUCGAGUAGUAGCUCGGUAUACGAAAUGCCGAGUGCAGAUCUGACGGAGUUGGCGAGAAAGGGCAUUGUCAAAGUAUCGACAGACAGCAGCGGGAGACUCUCGUACACGACCGAGGUUCGCCUCCGGUCCAAAAGUGGCGAGUACAGGUGGCACUUGGUUCGUUGUGUGGAGAUCGAGGCCAUCGAUUUUGGCAACGGGGCUAGCUCCUUCUUCGGCUCGGCGACGGAUAUCAACGACCAUAAACUUCUCGAGGGUCAACUGAAGGAGGCCAUGGAGUCCAAGAGCCGGUUCCUCAGCAACAUGUCGCACGAAAUUCGGACACCACUUAUCGGCAUCUCCGGCAUGGUUAGCUUCUUGCAAGAUAGCGUGCUGAAUGAGGAGCAGCGAGACUACACCAACACCAUCCAGACAAGUGCAAACAGCCUGCUGAUGAUCAUCAAUGACAUUUUGGACCUAUCCAAGGUGGAUGCCGGCAUGAUGAAGCUCAAGUACGAGUGGUUCCACAUGCGUGCACUGAUUGAGGACGUCAAUGAGCUGGUUUCCACGAUGGCCAUCGCGAAACAUCUCGAACUGAACUACGUUGUCGAACAAGAUGUCCCUACCUGGGUCAAGGGCGACAAAGUCAGAAUUCGCCAGGUCCUCCUCAACGUGAUUGGAAACGCCAUCAAAUUCACGUCGGAGGGCGAGGUCUUCAGUCGGUGCAGGGUGUUCAGAGACGACACGUCGGUCGAUGGCCGAAAGGAGAUCAUGCUCGAAUUCGCCGUCAUCGACACUGGCCGGGGUUUCAGCAAGGAAGAGGCUGAACUGAUCUUCAAACCUUUCAGCCAGAUCGAUGGGAGCAGUACCCGGCAACACGGCGGGAGCGGCCUCGGACUUGUCAUCUCCAGACAGUUGGUCGAGCUUCACGGAGGCAAGAUGGAUGGUACAGCAGUUCCUGGCAAAGGCUCUACAUUCGCCUUUACGGCACGGUUCGCGCUCCCUACUGUAGACGACCAUCCUGAAGUGCCUGUGAGCCCACUCUUGACACCGUCAAGACCGGAAUUUUCGGAGGUACCCUUGACCCCGCUCGGGUUCAAACCAGUGGCGGCGCAGCCCCAGCCCCCAUCGCGUUUGACGUCAACGCCCGCGAGUUCCGACUUGACAGUCGCGUCUGUGCCUUCGAGCGGCGGGAGCUCUGUACCCUCGAUCCACUCUAGCCGGUCACAAAUGACGGAUGGAUCGUCGGUGCCUUCCAUGAAUGUAGGACUGGCCCGGUUCAGCGAAGCUGCGAGGGCAAGCGGUCAAGACUUGUCACAGAUGAAGCUGCAAAUUCCGUCUGCCGAGACGUCGGCGGAGUCUAUUCCCGCUCCCGGGCACAGCGCGACGACGACGAAACCGCCCAGCCCGCCCGAAAGUUUCCGUCCUCUCGUGUACUCGAUCCUUAUCAUCUGCCCGCAGAUGCACAGUCGAGAAGCGACGACUCAGCACAUCGAGCAUACACUGGCCAAAGACGUGCCGCACCAGAUCACUGCUCUGGAAUCGGUCGAUCAAGCCGACGAGCUGAUGCGAGGCGAGGACCCAGUCCAUUUCACGCAUAUCGUGCUGAACCUCCCGACGCCGGAACAGCUGAUGUCGAUGCUGGGCAAGAUCGAGAAGUACAUGUCGGUGGAGAGGACGACGAUCCUCGUCCUGUCGGACGCGAGCCAGCGUCAAGCAGUGAUGAAUUUGGCAGCGGAGGCCCAGCAGACGGCGCUUCUCUCGGAAGAUACGGUGACAUUUAUCAGCAAACCCGUCAAACCGUCGCGAUUCGCGGUCAUCUUUGAUCCCGACAAGGUCCGGGACUCGAGCAUUGAUCGAAACCGGUCUACGGCGCAGCGGGUAGUAGAAAGCCAGAAGGCGAGUUACCAAGAGAUUGAGAAACGCAUGGGCAACAAGGGAUACAAAGUUCUCCUGGUUGAGGACAACCCGGUGAACCAGAAAGUGUUGCGGAAGUACUUGAACAAGAUUGGGGUGGCGGUUGAGAUUGCAGCAGAUGGCACGGAGUGCACUGAGAUGGUAUUCUCCCGUGAUCACGCGUACUACUCGUUGAUUCUGUGCGAUCUUCAUAUGCCGCGCAAAGACGGGUACCAGGCAUGCCGUGAGGUCCGCCAGUGGGAGAAGAAAAACAAGUUCAAGGAACUGCCCAUCAUUGCCCUUUCAGCCAAUGUCAUGUCGGACGUCCAGGAGAAAUGCGCGUCGGCUGGGUUCAGCGACUUUGUCACUAAACCCGUUGACUUUAUCGAUUUGAGCAGGGCCAUGGCGAGGUUCUUCUGA